AUGGGUGUUUCGGUUGAUUCACCAUCAAAAAAGGGUUCAUGGAGAUUUCUCACUAGAAAGAAGCAGGUUGAUUCUGCAAGUAAUAACACUAAACCUCUGCUUGCAAAGGAGUUAACUAUUCCUCAUCUUAUUGCAAUUGGUGUUGGUUCAACAAUUGGGGCUGGAGUGUAUGUUUUGGUUGGAACAGUAGCUAGAGAGCAUUCUGGACCAGCUUUGGCUAUUUCUUUUCUGAUUGCUGGCUUAGCAGCUGGUCUUUCUGCUUUUUGCUAUGCGGAGUUGGCUUGUCGAUGUCCUUCUGCCGGAAGCGCGUAUCACUAUUCAUACAUAUGUCUUGGAGAAGGUGUUGCUUGGUUGAUUGGCUGGUCCUUGAUACUGGAAUAUACAAUUGGUGCCGCAACUGUUGCACGUGGCGUAACCCCUAAUCUUGCUCCAAUUUUUGGUGGUCUGGACAAUCUACCGUUCUUUUUGUCGCGCCAGCAUAUUCCUGGGAUUGAUAUUACUGUGGACCCAUGUGCAGCAGUUUUGGUAAUGCUUGUUACAGGACUACUAUGUUUGGGGAUCAAGGAGAGCACAGUGGUACAAGGCAUUGUAACGUCGGUGAAUGUAUGUGCAUUGCUUUUUGUGGUUAUAGCUGGUGGUUACCUAGGAUUCAAGUCUGGAUGGGCUGGAUAUGAACUUCCUACAGGAUAUUUUCCAUUUGGGGUUGAUGGGAUGCUUGCUGGUUCCGCAACAGUCUUCUUUGCAUACGUAGGUUUUGAUGCAGUUGCCAGUACUGCUGAAGAGGUGAGAAAUCCUCAACGAGAUUUGCCACUAGGCAUCGGUGCUUCAUUGUUCCUAUGUUGUGGAAUUUAUAUGCUGGUCUCCAUUGUUGUCGUUGGUUUAGUACCUUAUUAUGCAAUCAAUCCAGAUACACCGAUAUCCUCUGCAUUUGCUGUCCAUGGGAUGCAAUGGGCCGGUUACAUUAUAAAUGCCGGAGCUUGCACAGCUCUCAUCUCAGCAUUGAUGGGUGGGAUACUUCCACAGCCACGAAUUUUGAUGGCAAUGGCAAGAGAUGGACUAGUGCCACCAUUUUUUUGUGACAUAAAUAAGCAUACUCAAGUUCCUGUGAAGGCCACAAUAAUUACUGGCCUUGCCGCCGCAGUCUUAGCAUUUUUUAUGGAAGUCUCUGAACUUGCAGGGAUGGUUAGUGUAGGAACUCUUUUAGCGUUCACCAUGGUGGCAAUAUCUGUGCUGAUCCUAAGAUAUAUUCCUCCAAAUAAAGUCCCAGCGCCUCCUUCUCUCCAAGAUUCAAUCGUAGUGAUCGAAGCCGUAAAUGAAGACGAAAGUGUCAGUACUUCUGAAGACACAAAACCUUUAGAUGUUACGCGAGAUUUUCCCAUUGAUCAUCCUCUUAUUUCUAAUCACCUUGUCAUAAUAGGAAACUAUGUAAAUGAGGGUAAUAGAAGAAAACUUGUUCGACGGACCAUAGCACUCAUAUGCUUGGGGGCGUUCGUCCUCACAUUUGCAGCUUCAUGUUUAACUUAUCUUAGUUAUGUUCGCUUCACAUUUUGUGGAAUUGGAGGCAUUCUUCUUGUGUUUGGAUUUGUGUUCCUAUCCUUAAUAGAUCAAGAUGAAGCGAGGCACGACUUUGGUCACUCUGGAGGUUUCAUAUGCCCAUUUGUGCCAUUGUUGCCUAUAACUUGCAUUCUCAUCAAUUCCUACCUGCUAAUUAAUCUCGGAUUGGGAACAUGGUGGCGUGUUUCUAUAUGGUUGGUAGCAGGACUUGUAAUCUAUGUGUUUUACGGCCGAACUCAUAGCUCUCUAAAAGAUGCAAUUUAUGUGCCAGCAAGUCAAGUGGACCAAACCUAUCAGACUCCGAGAAACUAUCUUGCUUAA